AUGCCCAGUGAAACGCUCUGGGAAAUCGCAAAAGCUGAAGUGGGAAAACGGGAAAGUAACAGAAGUGAAAGCGACGGAGUUGAAAUUGGAGAAAAAUCUGUUUUCUUCCUUGGCAGCAAAAAUGGGGGCAAGACUACUAUUAUUCUAAGAUCUCUUGACAGGGAUGAGCCACCAAAACCAACUUUAGCCUUGGAAUAUACAUAUGGAAGAAAAGCUAAAGGCCAUAACACACCAAAAGAUAUUGCUCACUUUUGGGAACUGGGUGGAGGAACCUCUUUAUUAGACUUAAUCAGCAUACCGAUCACAAGUGACACCUUAAGGACAUUUUCUAUUGUUCUUGUUUUGGAUCUUUCAAAGCCUAAUGACCUUUGGCUCACCAUGGAAAAUCUGUUGCAAGCCACAAAAAGCCAUGUGGAUAAAGUGAUAAUGAAACUGGGAAAGACAGAUUCCACAGCAGCUUCUGAGAUGAGACAGAAGAUACGGAGUAACAUGCAGAAGGACCAUCCAGAUCGUGAAUUAAUUGAUCCAUUUCCAAUACCUCUGGUCAUAAUUGGAAGUAAAUAUGAUAUUUUUCAGGAUUUUGACUCUGAGAAGAGAAAGGUAAUAUGCAAGACACUUCGAUUUGUUGCACAUUAUUAUGGAGCAUCAUUAAUGUUUACAAGCAAAUCAGAAGCUCUAUUACUAAAAAUACGUGGAGUUAUCAACCAGUUAGCAUUUGGUAUUGGCAAAAGCAAAUCAAUAUGUGUGGAUCAGAAUAAACCACUGUUUAUCACAGCAGGAUUGGAUUCUUUAAGUAAUAUAGGGUCUCCUCCUGUUCCUGAUAAUGACAUUGGAAAGUUUCAUGCCCGUUCGCCAAUGGAGUUGUGGAAAAAAGUAUAUGAAAAGCUCUUUCCACCAAAGAGUACCGACACACUAAAAGAUAUCAAGGACCCUGCAAAGGACCCUCAGUAUGCUGAAAGUGAAGUUGAUGAAAUGAGAAUUCAGAAGGAUCAGGAACUGGAACAGUACAAAAAGAGUUCUUCCAAGUCUUGGAAACAAAUUGAGCUGGAUUCUUAA